UGAGGCAAUAUUGUCAAAACCUGUAUUAACUUGCAUAGUGUGUAUAUUCUAUGGUGAGGCUCAAUGAGAGAGAAACUGAAAGAACCGAUCAGAUAUAAGAUGGUAGUCCUUUGUGACCAGCUGUGGCACUUGCCGCUGUUACUGUGUCUCAUAGGUCUCUUGCAAUGGGAUGUGUGCUGCGGUCAGCGUCUGGUCCAGAUCCAGGAGGGGCCUCUGUAUAGAGUCAAAGGAUAUCCCAUCUCCAUUUCCUGUAAUGUUAGUGGGUUCAAAGGUUCCCUUGAACAGGAUUUUGAAUUUUCAGUCAAGAAGGAUAAGAAACCAGACAUGAGUUUAGAUAUCAUCAGUACGAGGUCCACAAGCUUUGCCUAUACAAUGUUCUCCGAAAGGGUGAGCAAAGAAGAGAUUAAGAUUGAGAGGUUGUCUGGAUCUUCAGUUCUCUUGAAGAUCAACAAUUUGCAGGAGGAUGCUGGUGUGUUCAGCUGUUCCACCCCAAGCACUGAUGACACAUAUAAUGGAAUCUAUGGUGCGGACACAACACUUUAUGUGAUCGAAGACACCCUGGUGGCAUCAUACUCUGGCUCUUCCUCUAAGAGCAUGUCUGAGGGCAACUCUCUUCAACUUGAGUGCAAGGUUUCCAGUCAAACCUUUCAACACACCCAUCUGUCUGUCACCUGGUUUCUCCAAGGUGCAAAAGAUGUGAGUCCCCGACCAAUCAUUACUCUGGACAGGGAUCUGACUGUAAAGCCAGGAGCUGGAUUUGAGGAUCGCUACAAAUUAGGACUUAUUAGCAUGGAUAAGGUGGAGGACACAACCUACAGACUGAAGAUGCCACAGGUGCAGAAGUCAGACCGUGGGAAGUUCUACUGUCAGGGCACUGAGUGGAUCCAAGACCCUGACCGUUCCUGGACACAGAUCGCCCACAAAACCACCACAACCUGUAAUGUAGAGAUUGAUGUGGCCCCUGAUGUAGGUUCCUUCAUUGCUAAUAUGGAGGCUUCAAAGGAGCCAUUGCAGGAGGGAGAUUCACUGGAGAUCCGCUGCAGUGUGAAGGCACAGAACCUUCCUGAUCAACUUUUUUCAGUGACUUGGCUGAAAGACCAGAAGAAUGUGGCCCAGAUUGGAUCUUCUGGGGUGCUCACUGUGUUUGAUGAUUACAAAGAAAGAGAGAAUAAAGCAGAGAUGAGAGCAGUGAAAACCAGUCCAAUGGACUACCUGUUGACAAUCCACUCAGCUAGGGCUGAGGACCAGGGCGAAUACCUUUGUGAAGUAUGGCAGGAAGACAAGCGUGAGGAUGGCACCUUCACAAAAACAAAAAAGCAGCUGUCCAAUCCUGUGACUGUACAUGUCAGCACCAAAGUGAGUGUCCUAGCUGUGGUCAUGGUGAUGGAGAACAAUACAGUGACUGAGGGUGAAGCACUACAGGUCAUCUGCUCAGUGUCCGGAUUCAAAGGUCCUUUAUCAGUAUCAUGGCAACACAAGAAAGACUCCAUCAGUGACAUUAUCAGUCUAACCCAUGAGGGAGUAAUGAAAGAUAUUGGGUCAAGAUAUCAAGAUAGACAUGUUCAAAUACGCCAUUCUCCAGCUGGACGCUUUACACUGGAGAUCGGUGCUGCUACAAUGUCUGACAGCGGCGAGUACAAGUGCACCGUGUCUGAAUGGACCACACAGAGCAAUGGAGAGAUGAAGAAAGGCAACACCCAAUCACAGCAAAAAGUCAUUUCUGUUUAUUCUGUUGAAUCUCUAAUGAGGGUGGUUUUGAGAAGUCGUGUAACAAGUGUGGCUAUAGAUUCACCGCUAGAACUAAUAUGCUCAGUAAAAGGACCUAAAGUGCCAUUGACUGUACAGUGGAUGUUUAUGCCCAUUAAUUCAUCUACACAGAAAAAUAUUGUAUCUCUACACUACACUGGAGAAAUCAUCUGGGGAGCAGAUCAGAGUAGCUACCAACUGUCCAUUCAGGAGCAACAUCCAUAUACAAGUUUCACUCUCAGGGUGUCGAGAGUCAGCAGGAAACAAAGUGGACAGUACAAGUGUCAAGCUGAUGCCUAUCAGAAGGGUGUACAAAAAGCCAGGAAGAUCUCCAACCCUUUAGCAGUGAUUGUACGGAAACCUGACAGCAAGUUGAAUCUGUCCAAACCCAAGUCUUCAAUUGAAACCACUAUCAACAGUGAUGCUAAGAUUGAAUGCUUAGUCAGCCGUGCAACCACGAAUACGUCUCGUUUCACAGUAAUAUGGCUGCUUGAGUCCCUGAUGCUCUUAACUAUGGACCUGGAUGCUGUUGUUAAAUUUGGACCUGCUGCUGGCCUAGAGAUGGACCAAAGAAUCCGCAUGGAAUUGAGAGAGAAACACAACUUCGAGCUGACUAUUCACCAGGUCAUGAAAUCUGACAGUGGACAGUACCGUUGUGAAGUGGAAGAGUGGCUUCAGGAUCCUCUUGGUGAAUGGUAUUCUCUAGAUAAAAAGGAUGUUUCUACAGAGCUUGUUGUCAAUGACAAAGGCAGUGAUUUCAAAAUGAAUAAAGCAAACCAUCAGCUGAGGGUUAAGGAGGGAGAGUCGCUAACUUUGAAUUGCUCAGUGGAUAGUGUUGGGACAGAUUCUACAAUUCGCUACUCCCUUACCUGGUACUCUAAUGUGCAACUUCUGACCUAUCACUAUGAUAGCCGUCUGAUUUACCACAGCUUUAACCCAAAGCUUGAGGGACGACUCCACUUCUCCAGCCCAGUAAUCGGUGUCUUUCAACUAACCAUCCAUAGAACAAUCCAGGAAGAUAGUGGGCAGUAUUACUGUAAAGUUAAUCAGCACCAGCUGGAUUGCAAAGGCCUUUGGUCAACUAAGGCAAGCGACAAGUCAGGUUCUACCAAUGUUAGUGUUCACCUCAUGGAGAGUAAAUUACAUGUGCAAAAGGAGCACCGAAGCCGCAACAUUACCAAUCUGCAAGCUGGGUUUACCAUGGACUGUGUGAUUGACUCUCGAUCAAGUGACAUAUCAGUUUUUGAGGUGACUUGGUCUAAGGGUCAGAGAGGUGAACGACCUGUCAUCAUCUUCAAUGCCAGCCGUGAUGGAACCUUACACAGUGCAAUUAGUGAUAAAGAUCUGAUGUUCAGACGACCACGUGCCACACACUAUAAACUGACUGUGCCAAACAUCAUCCCCAGUGAUACUGGAACUUAUCACUGUCAGGUUGUUGAAUGGAUUCAGACAACUACAAAUAACUGGAGGAGGAUAGGUGAAGACAAAUCUGGAGAGCUAUCUGUCCAUGUAGAAACUGAGGAUAGGCAAAAAGAGGUCACUUUUACCAUAGACAGGACUGACAAGCACCUUGACAUCAAAGAAGGAGAGCAGUUUGAACUUGAAUGCUCCCUGGACAUAGUAAAAGAGGACCCUACCCUUCACUACAGUGUCAGUUGGUUAUUUGAUAGCCUGAAAUCUACCAGCCAGAUAUCUUUAUUGACAUACUCAUAUGAUGGCCGUCUACAGUACCACCUAGAGAACGAGCAAUUUAAAGACAGGCUACGCUUCUCUAGACCCUCUACUGGAACAUUUCAUCUGAUUUUACUAAACUCAGAUACAGCUGACAGUGGAAGCUACCAGUGCAAGGUUGACCAGUACAUGCUCAGUUGUGAGAGCAAAUGGAAACAGACGGUGUCUGCCCAAUCAGGCUCAACCAUCGUCAACGUUAGCAGUAUUGAGAGUAAACUGCAUGUGCAGAAGGAGAACCGAAAUCUAAACAUUACCAAUCACCAGGCUGAAUUUACCAUUGAUUGUGUGAUUGACUCUUGGUCCAGUAAUAAGUCUGCCUUUGGGGUCAACUGGUUCAGGGUGCAGAACACAGAAACAGAAGUUCAAUUCUUCACUGCUAGACAUGAUGGUACCUUACACAGUGCAAUUAGUGACAAAAAUCUGGUGUUCAAACGACCAAAUCGUACAUACUAUGAACUGACUGUGCCAAACAUCAGCCUUGGUGAUAUGGGGCAAUACUACUGUCAGGUAGAGGAGUGGCUGCUAACACCUGCUUACACCUGGAAGAAAGUGGCAUCAGACAGAUCUGGAGUCCUCUUUAUCCAUGUUCAUGUUAAAGGUGAUGCUGUAAAACAGACAUACCCUUUAUUCACAACACUGGGAAUCACUAUUACCCUGAUUUUAUUUCUUGUACUUGUCAUAAUAAUGCUGUUGAGAAGGGAGCACAAGAGGAGUUCUGAUCUGAAAAAGAAAAAAGAGUGUCUUUGGGCUGAAAGCAACCCCCUUUCCCCUGUACCUGGAGCGACUGCAGGUGAAGACGAUCAUUCAUAGCUUGUCUACCACACCAGUUAUUAAUCAUGCAGUGGUCUUUGAUGGUCAUUGUUAUUACUUAACAUUAAAGAGUGUUCACCCAAAAAAAAAAAAAGUCUGAUCUCACCCAAAACCAACUGGAUUGCUUCAGAAGACACUGAUUAAACCACUCAAGUCUGAUGGAUUACUUUUAUGCUGUCUUCAUGUGCUUUUUGGAGUUCUGAUCACCAUUCUGGUCCAUUGCAUUGUAUGGACCUACAGAGCUGUAUUCUGAACAUAUUCUCCUAAAUAUUAUAAUUAUUAUAUUUAGAUUUUGUGUUCAGCAGAAGAAAGAAAGUCAUACAUCUGGGAUGGCAUAAGUGUGAGUAAAUCAUGAAUUUUCAAUUUUGGGUGGACUAUCCCUUUAACAAUUUGAACUCAGUUAAAAACUUUGUUUACCAGUAUGGCUCAGGAUAAAGACCAGCCUUCAUUUACAUUGCGAGAAAUAAAUUCAUUAUAAGAGGCAAAAUAAGUAUAAAAUAGAUAUAUGUUGGUUAAACCAGUGGUUCUCAGCAGGGGUUUUUUAAAUUAAUUUUUUUACAUAUUUUAUCUUGGAUAGUUUUUGAUCAUGGUUUUCGAGGAUGAGGGCAUAUCUCACAACCUGUCCAGAUUGGUAUAUGCUGAAUUUGCUCCAAAAUAUCAUAAAGUUUGAUAGGACACAGCCUUUGACAUAGACGCCAAAAGAUAUGUUUAUGGAAAACGGUUUUGUCCCCUCUUUUAAAGGUUCAUAAGCAUAUUUAUUUUGCUAUCCUGACUGUGCUUUGUUAUAUUGAAUGGUUAGUUGCAUUUAAUUACACUAUGUAACACAAUUUUUGUUCCCGGGUAGUAAGUGUUAUUUCCUAAUUGCUUAUGCCUCAAAUGUAUAGAAAAUUGCUAUUAUUCCCUAAAAACAUUGCUUUUGUGACCAGGACAGUGAUAUUCUGAAAUGUACCUAUUUUCAAUGAGAAAAGGGGCAAAUUUGUGUCUUUUUGUUCACUUAAAGUCAUAGAAGAUAUGAAUCCAAAUUAGCAUGUAUUUAUACUAAAGUAAUAUAAAAAUGACUACAAAAGAUUUAGAAGUGAGUAAAUUGAGGUGCACCAAGUGAGCCAGGGGAAGAGACAGGUACUUCUUACCAUUAUGGAGCAGCAUGGCUUUGAGGCUCCUGGAUGAGCUGUCAAUGAAGAGGCACCACUCAUUCUGGUUACAGGCGAUUCUUAUUGCCACAACAGACUGGUCACAUUGUGUCAGAAGCAGAGCCCAUCUUGACUGGUGAAGAAGCUGGAAAAAGGUUGGUGACGCUUCCUCUGAUCUGCGACUUGCACACUUUCAUCCAACAAGUUUCACUGCUUGAGCCUAGAUGUCAAAAUCUCGGCAUUAGACUUGGUGAGACUAAGAUUUCUAAUCAAAUUGUUGAGUUCUUUUUGGUUGGGUAGUAUGGAUUUCUCUCCUCAGCUCCACCUCUGAAAUUGUCAUCUGGAUCUACAACAUCUUCCUCGCUCUCUAACUUGCUGCUCUCUUCUAAAGACGGCUGCUCUCUCUCCAGAGGAGUUUGUACUGGGAACUCAUGGCAGUCUGGCACCGGGGCGAUGGAUGAAGGAAGGUCCGGAUACGUAAUAGCAGGUGCAUUCUUGCCGUUCCGACAUUUGGAAGGGUCCACCUUGCUCUCUUUUCCCCUAUGUACCAUCGUACAAAAAUAAAUUUAUUUCAACCAUGACUAAGAGAUUCUCGCAACAUUUUUCAUAUAUGAUAUAUUUUUUGAAUAAUAUUGAAAAUUGUAAAACAAUUUAAAAUUAAAAACGUACAAUUUAAAAAAUUAACAAAUUUUAUAACAAUGUUCCGAGCAACAUUUGUCCAUCUUACCUUCCAGAGUUUUUUUUUUUCCAGUGCUCUCAGGUGAAAUGAGGUGCCCAGGAUUUGUUGAUUUGUUGAUGCUUCCACAUAAAAUGCAUCUGCGGGAUGCUUGCAUCCUCUUGAUGCAUCUCAGGAAAAUGCAGAUAUGUAUCCAAUAAGACCACUGGAACUAAACUGAACUGGUGGGCAUAAGGCCCCUGUAUUUAUACUACUAUUUAUAUUACUGGAAAGUUCAAGAAAGUUCUAGAAGUUACUCCAAGUUUACUCAGCACUGAAUUUAUCUGGAAUGUUCUGAAAAUAGGUACAUUUCAAAAUAUCACUGUCCUGAUUACAAAAGCAAAGUUUGUGGGGAAUAAUAGCCAUUUUCUAUACUUUUGAGGCAUAAGCAAUUAGGAAAUAACACUUACUACCAUGAACCAAAAAAGAAAAAAAAAGAUGUUACACUGUGCUAUUUUAAUUUUCCCUACUGUCUUUCAGAACAGACGUAUGACCCAUUUUUGGAUCACGGCCAUCUGGUUAAGAAUCACUUAAAUGAUGAAUAAUAAUGUUCACAUUGGAAUUGUGCAAUGUGUGUGGUGACAGAUUGGUUCAGUGUUAAAGAUGCAAUUAUGCUAAAUAUUUUUUUAAAUAAAAUGAA